CAGCUACGUUGGCUACUCUAACUAAUCCUGAAGUAAUUGCUGUUAAUCAAGAUUCAUUAGGUGUACAAGGAAAAAAAGUUGCUUUUGCAUCAUCAAAAUUGCCCAAUAUAUCAACUGAGAUUGUUGUUGCAAAUUGUUCAACCUCAUCAAAAAUAGAACCAAAACGUCUGCAAUGGACAUACAAUUCUCAAGAUGGAACAAUUCGAUCAGCACUCAAUGGACGAUGUUUAUCUAUUAAUAAUUGUAGUACAGUCGAAGGAGCUACUAUUGUGUUAAGUGAGUGUCAUAUUAAUGAUUCACAAACACAAUGUCAAGGGAAAAAUCAACAAUGGACAGUUGGAAUAGCUGAUCAAACUAUUGUUUCUCAAAUGAAUGGAAUGUGUUUGAAUUUCAAUCUUCAGCAUGGACCAAAUGUUGAUGCACAUACAUGUAAUGAACAGGAUUAUCAACAAUGGUUAUGGAAUGCUACAGAUGGAACAGUACAAACUAAACAUGAUGGCCAAUGUUUAACUGUUUUACAAGAGCUUGAAGUUUGGGCUGGUUCACUUUCCGAUCAUUCACAAGCUGUUGUUUUACUUAAUCGAGGUAAUACUGAAAGUGAAUCAAUCACUGUCAAAUGGACAGAUAUUGGAUUUUCAAAUGAUCAAGCAGCAGUUGUUCGUAAUUUAUGGACUCGAGAAGAUCUUGGAAUAUUUACAAGCAAUUUUACAUCACCAAAUAUCACUUAUCAUUCAGUGAUCAUGUUGAAAAUUACUCCGAUGCGAAAUAAAUAG